AGUCGGCUCGCCCGCAGCACUUGCGUCCUCUCGGCCGGGUUUCACUUCAGAGAUGGCUGCGAAAGUGUGUAGAUCGGUCCUCCUCCUGUCCCGGAGCAGCGGAGCCGUAGCCUCCUCGGCGUAUCCCGCAUUCGGUGUCUCCUCACAGAGGCAUCAGGGCACAAAAACGGAGGCGCUGUCCAUGUCUCUUGGAGGUCACCAGACUGUCAGGAGAGCACACGGUCUGAGAACAGGGGGAAGGUGUGCGCUGUUCUGCCACCCCAGUGCCACUCUGACAGCCCAGGGCUGGAAGGGCUCCCCCUCAUGGCAGGUUCAAAGACUAUUGUGUUCACCUGCUGCAGAAGAUGUCUCAGUGGUGUAUCACAACGGAUUGCCGGUGAUUUCUGUACGUCUGCCGUCUCGACGAGAGCGCUGUCAGUUCACCCUCAAACCUCUGAGUGACACGGUGGGUGUUUUCCUUCAGCAGCUGCAGGCGGAGGACAGAGGCAUCGAUAGAGUCACCAUCUACUCUGCAGAUGGAGCAAGAAUAGCGUCCUCAACAGGGAUUGACAUUUUACUUAUGGACAACUUUAAGCUAGUCAUUAAUGACACCUCAUACCUGGUGCAGCCCCCCAGGAGAGAUCUGUUACCGCACGAGGACGGCGAGCGGCUGAACGAUGUCAAGAUUUUGGUGCAGCAGCUCUACACCACCCUGCGUAUAGAGGAGCAUCAGCUCAACAAAGAGAGAGAGCUGAUUGGACGACUGGAGGACCUCAACUCUCAGCUCAAGCCCUUGGAGAAGGUUAAAGAGGAGCUGAGUAAGAAAGCCGAGCGCAGGACUACCUGGGUGCUGUGGGGGGGAAUGGCUUACAUGGCCACGCAAUUUGGCAUUCUGGCACGGCUGACCUGGUGGGAGUACUCAUGGGAUAUCAUGGAGCCUGUCACGUAUUUCAUCACCUACGGCACCGCCAUGGCCAUGUACGCUUACUUCGUGCUAACACGUCAGGAAUAUCUAUACCCGGACGCCAGGGACAGACAGUACCUGCUGUUCUUUCAUCGGGGAGCAAAGAGGACACGCUUUGACAUUGAGAAGUACAACAAACUGAAGGAUGCCAUCGCUGAGGCGGAGUUGGAUCUAAAGCGUCUACGAGACCCGCUGCAGUUGAAUCUCCCUAUCCAGCAAAUCGAUACCAGCAAAGACUGAUGAGAAUGUGAAGCCCUUUCAGCCUCUCUCUUUCUUUCUCUCACAUUUCUUUCUCCUCUGCCUUUUAGUUUAGUUUUCUGUCUUUUUUUAUUGUUUGUUUUAUUUUUACAGCCUCAAUGAAAAAAAAACACAUAUCCACAGCAAGCUUCAGAAUUUUAUUACAAUACUUUCUGUUAAUUUCGUUCUUUGAUUUGGCACGUCUAUGCAGCGGAGGAGAGAUACGAUUCAAUGAAACGACACUGAACGGAUGAUAGAUGCUGAUCAUAUCGCUAUACAGGACCACACAGAGAGAGAAGCGCAGCUAUUUCAGACAGGAGGAUGAUGGGAUUGAAACAGUACAUCGCUCUAUAUGAGACUUCCCGCGUCUUGCAUGGGACUCUGAGGUCUAAAAACCCAUCUUGGGUUGAACAGUUUCUUUUUUUCGUUGUUUUCCCACAUUGGAGUACUGCUGAUGUCCCUAACUCUGACACUUUUGCUGAAGAGAUUUCGGGAUGUGGUGCUCUUUUUUCCAUCUCGGGAAAAAGAUACGUUUACCAUUGAGCCAGUCUUCUUGUGGCCGAAACGCUGCAUCGACGCCUGUAUUCAACAGCCUCAGCUAAACCUACUAUUUCUUUCUGGCUUCCUGUACGGACCUGUUAAGAGCUGAAGACAGAUCUAACAGCUGAAAUAUCACUGUGUGUUAUUAUUCCAAAAAAA